UAUCGCAUUGAUUAUUGCAUGAAAAGUCAUCAGAAAAUUGUUUAAAUGCAACAAAAGCAAAAAAACGGUAUUCAUCUUCAAAUGAAGAUCCCACGUUGCUAACCCCUGACAUCAUCAUUAUCAUCCCCUACCUUCCAAGGUAGCGAACGACAGCGCAACCGGAGAGCUCGCCUUCCCCAGCGAGAGCAUCGGCAACGAGAGAGCGAGCAACCGUGGUUGUGUGGCUGCGUUUGUGCGUUCAGGGCCUGCUUCGCAGCAGCAGCUGGUCUGGUUCUCGUUCACGGUGGCGGAUCUGCUCACGAGUUUAUUCGACUUCGGUACGUUCUCGCGCGCGCAAACGGUAUGCUGCAAAGCGCCCUGUUCCCAGACGUGCUCGAGGCACUGGCCAAGUAGCAGUAGCGACCUUCUUGUGUAUUUUUUUUCUCCCUAAAGUUGACUAAGAACAACGAUUUUGCACUGUUUUGGUGAAAAAGGGUUAAGAAAGGGAAAACUAUCCUGAUGAAAUUCCUUGUAGGAAACAGUUUUUAUCUCAUUUUUGCUGUGAAUUGCUGAUUAAAGAGUCAAAACGUGGAAUAGUGAAUUUCCUUCGUGCGCAAAAUUUAAACCCUGCCCUGCCCAAACAUCGUGCGAGCGCUUGUGUUUGUGUGUGUGUUUGUGCGUGAAAAGUGUGUCCCAUUUCCUAACCAAAUGCAGAGGAAAAAGUGUUUCGUGUGAAAAUUAAACCAACCGAGAAGGAAAAAGGAUAUCGCAACCUUCGCGCAAUCAGUCGAAAAACACCCACAGCAGCAGUGUGCGUAUGUGUGUGUGUGUGUUUACGUGAGUCCAGUUUUGGUGAGCGAAUUUAAUCGAUUCCGUUUCGUGCAUCAACCAAAAGCCCCGUGUGGGUGAUUUUUCCAACAACCCGCCGGAGUGUGUUGUGUGCAGUAAAUGGUGGAAAAAUUGUGAUUCCGCGUGAUUUGUGCGAGAAAAAAAAGUGAAUAUCAUACGUGUGUGAGUGUGCAUUUAUAUGUAUGUGUAUGUGUGUGUGUGUGUGUGUGUGAAUGUGUGAUAAGGAGUGAAACAAAAUCACAUCAACUCACCCCGGGAAAUCAAACGGGAAAACGCGCUGCUCUCUGUGUGUGCCAGCGCGUCGCCAACAGGCACCGUUGACGGGAGUUAGACAAGUCAUCUGCAGAGCGAAAGACAAGCUCCGGAGAAGAAAAAGCACCCUCCCGAGACAUCCCCAAACACCACCACCACCAGCAACCAGCAUUAGAAGACUGUCCGGCAAAAUAUGAAGAUCAACGCGUCCAAGAUGGCGACCCCGAUCGAAGAGAAAGUUGAUCAGAAUCUGAAGACCCGCACCGGGAUGGUGAUGAUCAGCGAUGGCAAAAGCAAACCAGAGCUCGCCCGGCUCCAUCUGUCGAUGGAGAUGAUCACGAUCCAGAAGCAGGACACGACCACACCCGCACCGACGCCCACCAACGCCACACAUCCGCCGAUCGAGUCUAAGGAACGCAUGGUACAGAUCACGCGCCAGAAGGUGGGAGGACUCGGACUCAGCAUAAAGGGUGGCGCCGAACACAAGCUGCCGAUACUGAUAUCGCGCAUCUACAAGGACCAGGCGGCCGACGCAACAGGUCAGCUGUUUGUUGGCGAUGCCAUCAUCAAGGUAAACGGUGAAUACAUCACAGCCUGUCCACAUGACGACGCGGUCAACAUCCUCCGGAAUGCUGGCGAUAUCGUUGUCCUUACUGUGAAGCACUACCGUGCCGCCACACCGUUCCUGCAGAAACAAUUAAGCCGAGAAACGCCCGAAUCGGACAAUGAUGCGACGUGCGCAGAGCUGAAGGCGGACGAAAACUGGAAAUCGGUCAACAGUAGCCGCCCGGUGUCCAUCAGCUCCGAGCCGGAAAAUCGAUGGAUCGACUUGGUUUCGGUGCCGCUGAUGAUGGCAUACGUUACGAGGUACAUCUACGGCACGGACAAGCUGCGGCCGAACGCGUUCGAGGUGCGCGGACUGAACGGGACCACCACCGGCAUCAUACACUGCGACGAUCUGGCCAUCCUCAGCCAGUGGCUCAAGUACAUCACGGACAAUGUGGUUGGGCUGACGAGCCUGCAGAUGAAGCUGUUCAACCGGAACUUCCCCGUCGGCGAACGGAUCGAGUACAUGGGCUGGGUGAACGAGGGCGUCAUCAACAAUCACAUCUCGUGGCAGAGCUACAAGCCCCGCUUUCUGGUGCUGAAGGGUACCGAGGUGAUGCUGUUCGACUCGCCGCCGCUCAACGUGACCGGCCUGGCCAAGGCGAACGUCGCCUACAAGGUGUACCAGACGAUGUUCCGCGUGGUGAAGGAGUCGGAAACGGUCGACUCCCGGCAGCACUGCUUCCUGCUCCAGAGCUCCGGCCACGAGCCGCGCUACCUGAGCGUGGAGACGCGCCAGGAGCUGCUGCGGAUCGAGAACAGCUGGAACGCGGCGAUCGUUACGAGCGUGAUCAAGCUAGGCCGCAAAACGUUCGCCGUCUCCCAUCACGGCAAGACGGGCGGACUAACCCUGGACUGGCAGGCCGGAUUCUCGCUCACGGAAGGAGCCGAAGCGGCCGUCAUCUGGCAGUACAAGUUCUCGCAGCUACGCGGCUCCAGCGACGAUGGCAAAUCGAAGCUGAAGCUCCACUUCCAGGACCACGAGACGCGCACCAUCGAAACGAAGGAACUCGAGUGUCAUGUGCUGCAAAGUUUGCUGUUCUGCAUGCAUGCCUUUCUGACAGCGAAAGUUGCUUCCGUCGAUCCCACCUUCCUGAGCUCGAUCCAGCAAGCCUAGAGACGCGGAAGACGUCCCCAGCGGUCUUCCUUCAGGCGCGGCGGGUAGCCGAGAUGUGCUGCCUACUACACUUUCCCGGCCACCCCCGGAUUGGGGCUGAGACAUUUUACAGGUCCAAAGCGAGAGAGAGAGACACACACAUACACACUGAGACGAAGACGGGAUAUCUUUCCGGACGUCCCGUCUCCCUUUGGUCCAUCGUCUCCCAGCGUCCCAAGCGAUACAGAGCAAUUGUCAACCGAGAGCUUACAGACUUCAACGAAUUCUAACGCAAGAGAAGUGUCAACGCAAUAACGACUAAGUAAAUCCAAAACGCAUUCAUCUGCAGCGAGAAGGGUUUCAGGUGUGGUGAGGUGGUGAUCCCAUCACCUUUGGCCACCUGGACUGGAUGUGGACUACUGCCCCGUUCAAUGUGUGUCGACGGAGACGUUUUUAGCUUUAUCCCAGAGCAUGUAGGCAUUAGUUUAGAUUGUUCAAAAUAUGGCAAAGGUUAGAAAUUAGGUGGCAACCAAUCGCUCCGAACGGGGAAAGAUGGUCGAACGAAGUGGACGUUGGUCUUGGGUGGUAACGAUCCAAUUAAAAGGUUAGGUUUCAUUCGUUGUGAUUGUUGGCUAGUUGUUUAUUGGACUAGAGAGAAGCACGCAUGUAUGAGCAGGUACAUGGAGGUUGCUUUUCCGUGAAGGAUAAGUUUGAGUUUUAAGUUUGUUGGAUAGAUAAACCAUCAGUAAGGAUAUAAACUAGUAAACAGAUGUAACCCACCCUGGCACAAGCAUGUUGAGAUCUUCCCAGCACAAAACAGCAACCUCCAAUGAAUGGACAAUCUCCUUCUCCUUUCCAGUAUGUGUGCGAAUUACUCGAAAUGCACUGACAAUGUUUUCUACGCUCAAGCAGAUCGUUAAGUUUAUCAUUUCAAAGACAGUUUUCAUCAAUUCAAAGCGAGCAUUUAACCAUGGUCACCUUAUUUGGCAAAGUCCACAAUCUAUCCAAUUGUGCUAUUGAUCCAUAACUUCCCUCAGACUGCAGUGAUUGCUCCCGUAUGGGACGACCUCUAGCGUCUCAGUGCGCACUCCCACCCGUGUUUUUAGAUUGAUGGCAGCUAUUUUCGUGAUGAGCUGCUGCUGCUGAUUGUUCCUUCCUUUCUCGGGUCAACCCUUCAUUGCCUGCUAACAUGCGCAACCCGUUCCGCCACCGAUAGGGGACCCCAAUGCUCCCUAAGGUCCUAUAUUUCAACGUGUACCACAGCUACCGGGCAUAGCAUUUACUAAGCAACAGAGACGUGCGAAGUGGGUUACACGGAUUUAAUUGCAAAUUGCCACCAACGGUUGCGUGCACCAAGUAGCUUGGUUGUAUUACUGUGUGGCUACAAGGAGGGUGGUAAUUAUCAAGUCACACAAACAUAGCAUGGUGAACUGGCCCCUUGCACCACAUGAGAGCGAUUCAUGAAGUCCAACUCCAGUGUGGUUUGAUUGAAUAGCAUUGAAUUGAAUAUGGUGAGGCGCAAAAAAAGGGAAAACAAGAACCAUUUUCUUUCCCCCAGUUGGGAUGUCAAAUUGAUACCCCGAGGCGAGUUACAGUUGUUAGUGUUGUGUUCGGAUGGCCGAGAGUAUACACAAUUUAUAUUUACACCGAACACGUAAUAAACAAUACACAAUACUUUAUUACACGAUCAGCCCUUGUGUUCCCGACGGUGUCCCACGAGCGUCUGGCGCUCUCUCGUCUGCUAACCGCUCAUCAGUCACUCAGUGGCUGCAUACGUUCUUAACGCCGAAUAAAGGGAGCCUUCCACUUCGUGACCACAA